CACCAUUUUAUAAACGGUGGUGACUCAUCCACCGGCCACAUUGCAAACCUGUCAGGCAAUCCAGAUCAUCCAAAACGCUGGACUGACUGUCGACGGAUCAUAAACCAAGAAAUGACACCAAGCAGAUGAUCUUGGACCACUCACUAUUUUACUUUUCACCAUCAUCUAAUAAACAACCAACUGGCUAGUUAAAGUCUAUUGAUUGUCGUCAUUUUAGAGCUAUGCUUUAUCCACGAUGUGCCCCACGAUUUGGACGGUUUGGAUAUGGGGACGCAUGUACUGACGUCAGUGGGACGAAUUACCGCCAUUCUGACAAUGGUGGUGAACUACCGCCAGUGUCUUGUCACUUCCGCUGUUGAAAUGCCCAGGCCGGAAGUUUGUAUUAGGGCUAUCAUUUAAUACAAGUGGGGCACAUGCUUUGGUGUGGAUACAAUUCAAGGAUCUCACGGGGCCUGGAAAUCUCUCAAGUUGGAGGAUCCUAACCAUAGAAUAUAAUACACGCCGUGUCGCCAUCUCAUUUGUCGAAUGUGGAUCAUUGCUGUAUUUUCUUUCUCAGCUGUCUAUUUGCUGGCCCACCUGUUGGAGUUUCGAUUUUUCAACGCUCUUUUAGGUGAUUUGGCAUCUUUUCUUCAAAGACGUGCACGUGCUUCUCAGCUGCCAAAAGAAGAUCCUGGACCAUCGAUGGAGGAAGAGAGUAAUGCUUUCUACGUUGUCCGGAAAGGGGACCUUGUUGGAAUUUACAAGACAUUGAACGAUUGCCAAGCUCAAGUUGGCUCUUCUGUAUGUGAUCCUGCCGUCAGCGUUUACAAGGGAUAUUCUUUGCAUAAAGAUACAGAGGAAUAUCUUGUCUCCCGUGGGCUCAAAAAUGCUAUGUACACCAUCCAUUCAACGGAUUUAAAAGAGGAUCUCUUUGGUACACUUCUGCCUUGUCCUUUUCAGCAACCAGGUGGACCUGUACCUUCUACAAGUAAAGAACCCAAGAAGACUUCUGCACAAAAGAGACUGCAGGAAGUGGCUGAAUUGGAUAGUAGUGUGGAAGCAAUUGGGGCUUCUUCUAUUUCAACAGAUUCCUCAAGAAAACAUCCUAAAUUAGGAGAUUCAGUUGAGGCACAGAAAAUUUCUUCUAGUCGUAUCUCCUGUGUUCUUGAGUUUGAUGGUGCUUCAAAAGGAAAUCCUGGAAAAGCUGGAGCUGGAGCUGUAUUACGCACUGAAGAUGGAAGCAUGGUUUGGCGAUUGCGUGAAGGCUUGGGUAUUGCAACCAAUAAUUUUGCUGAAUAUAAAGCCAUGAUUUUAGGAAUGAAAUAUGCUAUCAAGAAAGGGUUUAAGCGAAUUCGCGUGCAUGGCGACUCCAAACUUGUUUGUAUGCAGAUGCAGGAUCUAUGGCAAGUAAAGAACCAGAACAUGAUUGACUUGUGUAAGGAGGCCAAGGAGCUCCAGAAAAAGUUUCUAUCUUUCAAAAUUAGUCACAUUGAUAGGGAGUUCAAUUCUGAAGCAGAUGCUCAAGCAAACCUGGCUGUUCAUCUUGGGACUGGUGAGGUUUCCGAGGACUGCGACAACAGGGGCUAGUUACACUUUCAGCAGCAGCUACAUAUACUUUUUUGCAUUUGCCCAGUGCUUUUACGAGGACAAGGGCACUGGAAGAUUUUGCAAUUAGCAUCCGGUCUUGCUGUGGCACAUGGUAUCUUUUGACUGACGUUUGAGGGCUGGGCCUGCCAGUGGGGCACACCAUUUUGGCAGUUUCAGUCUAUCACUCACUCUUUUCUUUUGUAUCUUGCACUGCAAGUGGAAGGUUGUCACAUGGCUGUUGUUAAUUUUAUCUGUGGGGCCAAAAUCAUACAUAGAUUGAAAGAGUAUAUUGUAUAACUGAAAGCAGUUUUGAGAAACUGCUUGUCCUUGAAUGAUUAUUCUAACAGUGCUUUUAAGAGUGAAACCUGUAGACCGCAAGAGGGCUAGUGUGUUUAAAGAU